UCGGUGCGUUUGCGAACGGUCGUCAAUUCGCGGUUGGCUUUGUCCGUGUACGGUGGUUGGUCGUGUCUCGAGUUUCAUCGCAGGCAUCGCGAUAGAACCGUCGAUUGGUCGGCCAAAGUGAGGUCGGGCCUAAAGUUGUGUUGUUUUUAGUGUAAGCUACAAAAGAGUGAAUCCACGUACGUUCAGCUGUGUUAACGGAGUGAAUCAUGUGAUCGUUGCCGGUGCGAGCGAUCGUAACAUGUGACGUGCAUUUAUGAUAGUUUUGCCUUUAGUGGUGUGUGUGUGUGUGUUUUAUGUACCGACAGAAUAACGAUUUGAGAAAUUUUGUGUAGUGAAAAAAGAAUCUUCGUAACUGGGCAGACAUGUUGGGGAUAAGCAAGAAACCGGGGCCUCCGGUACCGCCCCGACCCAGUGCCGCUGCCGUUGCUACGGCCCUUGCAAAACAGCGUGAAAAUUCACCCUCCCCGAACGGUGGGUCACGGGGAAGCAAUGGAGGUGGGAUGGUUGGGAUGGCUACGCUAAAGCCACCCCAUCCAGGUCGAACCGUAGUGUAUAAGUCACCGGAUUUCGAUCAACCACAGGCAAGAAAUCGGUCCCACUUGUCCACGUUUGGUGGAUCGGUACCGGAGCAGCUGCAGGGAUCACCGAAUCCGGCCACGAAACGUAACGCGAUCUAUCACGACAGUCCCGGCCAGAGUCCGCAAGCAAUGGAAAGAAAGCUGCUGAACGCCGCAUCGGGCGGUGUUAUGUAUCGAUCCACCUGUAGCAUAGUGGAGAUCAACACUAGCCCAAGUACUUCUGGAUCUAGCUCGGUGUCUACCUCACCGGUAGCAACGCUUCAGAAACAUUCGGCAGAUCAGAUGUCUUGCAAAUUGCAGAAAGAUUCCCUACCGGUCGCUCCGAUAGCUCGAAGGCGUGUGCGUACCGGUGACUCACACUCGAGUGAAGGAUCGCCGGACGCGUCCGAGGUGAUCAUCAUCAACGGCGGUGGUUCGCAUGGGAGCAGCAUCAGCUUGAUGAGCGCUGUCCUGCAGAACACCGAGAACGGGCAUGGGAAGUCAUUGAGCGAGUGUGACAGUGGAACGGAGCGUGGAGAUAGCUCUGGAUCUUCCGCAUCCGCCGGCAGCACACUGGAGCGAGAGAACAAUGCGAAGAAUCUCGAAAGCAGUGCUAAGAGUAGUCACUUUACGGAAAUUAUUAUCGGCUCGAACCAGAGCAGUACGGUGGUAAGAAGCGGAAGCAAACCGAACAUUUCCACCACGAACAGUGUGAUACGAUCGAACUCGAUCCGAUUGCCAGUGAAGGCAGCGGUAACAGCGACGCCCCCACCGCUGUACCAUCGUCCAGAACCGGAAGGUGGUGAGCAUGUGCAACCGUCGAGUGAUCACCGUGCUGGAACUGGCACGAUUGGGGCAAGCGUUACGAAAUCGCAAUCAACCACAACUCUCGAUCCGGCCACACUCGAUUCGAAGCUGAGCGAGAAAAAGAUCGCCUUUCACGAGCUGCUCAUAUCGGAGCUGACUGCGAUGCGCCAGAAGCAGAAGGAACAGGAUCAGCAUGAUCGUCCGAUGGCGAAUCGUCAGGAAGUAAAGUUAAGCAGCGAUGAAUCAACGCUGGGUGUAGAUCUGGUGAAGAUUAACCGUCGGCAACGGUGUCCGUCCGAGCGGCGCUCGUCCGGCAGUGAGACGGAGACGACCCCGAACGGAACUGCCACCAGACUGCCGAAGAUACGUACCGCCGACUGGAUCGAGGUGGGCGACAAUGGCAAGCAGGUGGUGCUGUCCAGCUGUCAAAUCAGCCUGGAAGAUUCGGGCAUGGAGGACGAGGAGAAGCUGGACGAUGCAUCAUCCGGGGUGGGCGAUUCGUGGGACAGCGUCAAGGAAGAUGCAGAGGAACGCAUCAUUAUGUCACUCCCCGGAUUACCCCCAUUGCCCAAGAGCCUCAGUGGUUUCGAUCUCGCCGGCAUACAGUUCCAGUCGCAUCAUCAGCAUCACCAUCAACACCCAUCCCAGCAUAAUCCCCAUUAUCCACCGACCCACCAUCACCUUCAACAGUCGACGACACAGUCCUCUCAUCACCAUCCAAUGCAGCCGCAGUCCUUCCAUGGGACGCCACCGCACCCGUCCAGUAUGCCACCGUCCUCUCAGUCACCUGCCGCUGUCCUUAAUCACCAUCACACGAAUCCGUUCAUACCGAUCGGAUCCGGUCUGCUGCACGGUGACAGUUUGGCAUCGCUCGAAAGUCAACAGCGGGGACAUUCGCCGGUCAGCAGCACGUUGUCGGGUGGCAGCAGUACCGGAGGUAGAAAGGCAUCUCCACAACCACCAGGUUCGGGACCAGCGUCAACGGCUACCCUGGACACCCAGUUGGCUAUUCUGCGACGAGAAAUGGUAAGUACUGGAGACUGAAGUUUGAAGUUGCCAACCCGUUUAGAGGAUCGUUACGUGAUCGACACUUUUAAGUGAAGCAACUGAAUCGAUUCCCCACGACUAGAAUAUAAACUUUGGAGACACAAUUAGUGGAGGACUAAAGGGAAGGAAGCAUGUAAAAGAAAGUGGAUUACUCGGCAUUAUUUGCUGUACCAAAUAAGGAAGCAUCGUGAAAACAGCGUAUCAGGAGCACAACCACUCGGCAAUGGUUCUCGUCGACAGAGAGAUAGUUUGCCUAGUUAUCGAGGUUCGGAUUGCGUAACUGCCUACCCUGUAACGUCAACGGUGCCAUUUGUACUCGUGAUCGGAUCCAGAUCGGCUACCAUGGUGGGCUAUCAGAGCCGGUGAAGAUCGUUUCCGAAAGGACCCUUUGUAUGGUGUCAUGGUUUUAUGAUUGUGUUCCUUCCGCAUUUCUACUCGCCGUGCACCGUGUGCUUCGAGAUGGAUGCGAUAGGAGAUCGCGAUAAGCAGUGGAAACAAUAAAAUCAUUAUCCUAUCAUCAGCGGUGGCGGAUCGAUAGUGGGACCACCACUUCUCCUCAGCCUAAUGUCGAACAUUUUCUAAAUGUUUGUUCCCAUGUUUUACAACAACGUGUUGUUCCCUCCGUGAUCGACCCCUUGCUUGAGGGGGUACUAGUAAACUAGUUUGUGACGCUUAAUUCUACCAUGUUCAAUCGAUUGCGAGUGAACCACUGGUGUUGUUUCAUACGGGGAACGAUCAAUAUCGUACCAUUAAAUGGAUCACAGCAAAAUGCGGAUUCGAUUGUUUGUCGCUAACGAACCCACCGCGAGGUGUCGUUCGUCUACUCAGCAUGGCGAGACACUAAUCCACCCUUGCAUUCCCAUCCUUCUGAUAUCCCUCCGUUAAGGGGUGGAGAAGGAACUGCUGCACAAAAUGCAUACACACUUUCACCCGGGUUUUGCGGACGCGCGAAAGCAUAGCGUGAACAAACACAAAAAAAUGAAACGAUAUAGAAUUGGAGAGCGAAAAAAAAACGGCACACACUAGUGUACACGGUGUGUCCUCCUCCACAAUGAUAUGAUGUCAGCGCCACCCACCUGAUCCCUCCCAGCCUGGGUGGAAAAAUGGAAAAUGGAAGAUUUUGUACGAUUGUUGUUGUGGCGCGUGCAAAAUAAUAAUAAACGCCUCACGGCACACAAAUCGCGCGGUCGUGAAACCGGAUUAGAAACAACACGAACCACGGAUGGCACACGCGUUUCGGGCCGAGUGCACUUGUUUCUAUAUGCACCAGAGGAUGUUUUUAUUGAAAUGCAGAUGCGACGGGUCUGCAUAAAAGCGGGAGGGUUUGUAUCGGCCAGAGGGUGAUCGGGAAUCAGGUAGCAGGUAGCGAGCCCUGUAGCUAGUGUACGAAGAAAGUUCAAGGGAAAGGAAACGGUCGCUUGUGCAUGGUGAUCAUUGUGUUUUUUUUCUUCUACUGCUGGAGGGAUGGUUGCGCAGGGAGAAAAAUUCAUGGCCAGGUUUGCAACAUGACCUGACUUGACUCAUCGUAUGCAAAUUGAUGGCACAGGGGUUUUUUUCUAAUGCGUUGCGAGAUGUAAAGUGAAUGAGUAAGACGUUUUGUGUUGAUUAAUGUAUUAGUAGACAGUUCACAGGCAAGUGUCGAUAGAACGAUUGCACCAUAAGCUUAUAAUGUACCAGCUUGUGUAAGCGUUAAAUUCGCUAGCGCAAUUGUGUUGUUAUCUGACGUCGCUGUCGAUGGUAGAUUCAUUCCUUCCUGAUGAUGUAAUGCCAAUGCAAAUCCCGUCAACCGUCCCGAAUGGAUGGAGCGUUGAGAAGCGGUGACAAUAUCGGUGGACAAAUCUGGUACCCGUUAACGGACUAGGCUAGAUAUUUCUAUAGUACACUCACUCGCAACAGUAGCGCGUUUAUGUCACCGUCACCACAGGGCCCAUCAGUUGCUGGCUAUCAAUUAGCAUCCCUCCCGGAAUGAAGGUAAAAAAGCGAACAGACACACACACACACACACACUGAGUAAUGGUUGGAAAAAUAAUUUUACACGAAAAAGUCGACGGUAAUUAACUUACCACCGGUUUGCUUCUUGUGUGAAGAGGGAGAACGUUGGCAUCACACAAACACUGCCAAACAAGUUACGAGUGCAGCAUAGCGCGUCGUAAUUGAUGGAAAACUGUUAAUUACACCGCGUAUGUCGCUCCACACGGACGCAGUUUUGGUAGAAAAUCAUGAAAGUCGAACCCUGGUCGGUGCGGUUUCCAAAGGCCGAGUAACGCUGAUUGAUUUGGAACCUGCGGGUGACCAUGGGUCAUGAUGAGGUUUGGGUAACUCUCGAUUUCGUUCGGUUCACGCAAAAGCCCUUCAAAUGAGUUUGUUUCGGGCGUCAUACUGUUUGACUGAAGAUGUUGAUGAAAAAUGAUUCCGAAUAGAAUUUGGGUCAGUAAUAGUGACUGUGCACGAUCCACUUAAUGCUAAAGAUGACCCAGAAAUAGAAAGGAUCGUGAUUAUGACGUAGAGUCCGCUCAGAUGCUACAAACACUCAAGAUUUUCUGGAGCAUCAGGUUGUUUACAUUACACAGGAUUACCAUCAUCAUAAUCCGACCAGUCAGGUUGCGCAGACGGUUCGUGUGUUCCGGGUUCUGUUUCGUGGGAUGUUUUGCAUUAACGCCACCAGACGACUGAAGGUGACAAGAUUAAUGGCAAACAUUCCGACACCGAUACCCGGAGUGAGGAUUUGGCAAAUGUAGCAGAAAAUUGUAUCCAAUGAUGGAUGGGCUAGAGUUAGUGUGUCGUGUAUCGGAAUGUCGGAGUUGUAGGAUUUAUGAUCGUGAACAGCCAGACGACGCUAGAGGAUCGUUUAGCACAGGCGAGUGUGUGCCGCAUAUGGACGCAGUUAUUGAUUACCAUGCUGACCUUUGUGCGCCGAUGUGUAAGAGCGUGAUAGAAAUUGAGCCAUUAUAUUUCACAAUUCAUGCUCAAAAGUAUCUCCUGGCGCACAUGUUGCAAACUCUACACCUUGCUGUAUUUCGUUAAAUUGUGCUGCUGUGGAUAUGACGAAUUGAUGCCUGCUUCUGUAUUGAACACUUGUGGUUGUGCUGAAAUCACAAUAAAUCUAUUGGCGCAUGAUGUCAUGUGCCUGUUGUGUUUGGUUGCUCACGGAUAUGGGUCGACCUAGAACCGUGCUAAACACACUGCUCGGACACAACGAAUGAAAACGGCGCGAUGCAUUUAAAUGUGUUUUAAAGCGCCUGUGUACGACUUUUAGACAUAGUGGAAGUGACCGGUGGCGUUGGAGAAAACGUACUUUCAUCAUUCGAUCAGGUUUUGCUGGAGUUUUGCAUAUAGUCAGUUUGAUUCGAUGGUCAUCACAUCGUAGUGGCAGGUGA